GUGGGCGACUGGAUCAGACACUGAGACAGAGCAGGAGGUGAACAUGUCUCACCGGCUGCGUCUGUACUUUGGCUCUGGCCGCAGCAACACAGCUCCAGAAAUGGAGGAGCUGGAAGGGCCGUCCCAGGCCCAGGACGGCAACGAUGUCGCCAUGACAUUCCACAUGCAGCAGCCUCACCGGCCUCAGCGCUGGAGCAGCCCAGAAUCAACUACCUUCUCCUGGUGUCCUGAGAGAGAUCUGCCUAUGAGGGCCUUCUCUGUGCCUUGGCAACGGCCUGAGAGAGAGAUCUACUUUGGGCCUCGUCCCGUGUCUGAGAGCCCCCUGGCUGGUCAUGGAGGUCCUGGAGACUCCUCACUCAAACGAAGCUCCUCCAUGUUUAUACCCCAGCUGACUUCUGCCGAGCCACGGCCCACAAAGAGUUCCUCUAUGCAGAUCUCUCUCCAACGGUCCUCCGGUGCUGGGCCUGUUGGAGCUGAAGAGCCACCGCCAUGUCCGCCACCCAGCUACACCCCGGGACCUGCUCCGGCCUACACAGAACCAGACAGGAACUACCACUACGCUCUACCACCACCACGACCUCACUACAGGCGAGAAGCUUCAUCUACGGUCAGUUCACCACCUCACUAUAGCCGAGAAGCUUCAUCUACGGUCAGUUCACCACCUCACUACAGCCGAGAAGCUUCAUCUACGGUCAGUUCACCACCUCACUACAACCGAGAAGCUUCAUCUACGGUCAGUUCACCACCUCACUACAGCCGAGAAGCUUCAUCUACGGUCAGUUCACCACCUCACUAUAGCCGAGAAGCUUCAUCUACGGUCAGUUCACCACCUCACUAUAGCCGAGAAGCUUCAUCUACGGUCAGUUCACCACCUCACUAUAGCCGAGAAUCUUCAGGGAGCUCCAGUUCUGCCAUGCCUCAUAAUGGGAAUCGACAGCCCACAGAGCCUGCUCAACCCAAGCGAAGGGUAUUCUGCGUCACACCCCAAGAUGGCUUAAACUCAAGCGGUCAGGUCAGCUCAACUAUGUCUAACGGAAAUGGAGGCUCACCGGGAAUCAGCAUCGGAGGCUUCCACAUCUCAAGGAACUCCUCAGAUGGAUCUGAAGUCCAGCAGUUCAGGAUCGGCUAUGGCUCUGGCAACCAAGGAGCUGGGCCCCGCCGCUGGUCCGUCCAGCAGCAGAACUCUGACCCGAGUCAACCUGGCACCACUCAAAGGCUUGUGUUCCAGCUUGGACAGCAGGACCAAGCCAGACAGGCCAACAAUAUGAACCUUGUGGCCACAAGUGAGCCCACCGAUCUGGGCUUCACUGGCUCCAAGGGAGGGCGUGUGGUACGUUACCCCAAGAUCCGGUUGGAGAGAAGCUCUUCGCAUCAGCGGCUGCCCCGUGGGAACCACCAAACGUUCGGUGAUGUUGGGGAUCCUCAGGGCAUUGAAGGAAACCCUUCAGAGAUGGACGGUCAAAGUAUGGAUAUUGAAGAUGGCUGUACUUUCAACAUCAGGAGAGAACCCCGCAAGCAGCAGCCUCUCUUCAAGAUUUCUUUCAGUCAGAAUGGUGAUCCCCCUACCGUACAGGAUAUAAGCCUGGGAAAUGGUCAGACGCGGGAUGAUUUCCUGGGACAGGUCGAUGUGCCUCUCAAUCAUUUACCGACCGAGGAUCCUACGAUGGAGCGGCCGUACACGUUUAAAGAUUUCCUCCUACGGCCACGAAGGUCAGUUCCAGACUACCGACGAAGCCAUAAGUCCCGGGUGAAGGGUUAUCUACGGCUAAAGAUGGCCUACCUUCCAAAGACUGGAAGUCCGGAGGAAGAGACCACUGAAGGGAUUACCAGGGAGGAGGCGGAGGGCUGGGAGGUGAACGACUCUGCCGAUCCCAGCGUCCAGAGGCCCCAGGCGGUCCAGCCCCCACUGCCCCCAGGAUGGGAGGAGAAGGUUGAUAACCUGGGCAGAACCUACUACGUCAACCACAACAACCGCUAUACACAGUGGAAACGACCCAGUAACGUGGAUGAUAUUUCGGAGGUGGAGAAUGACAAUCAACAGCGGGCGAACAGCAUCCAGGCCCACCGGGUUUUCAGGUCCAGACGACACAUCUCUGAAGACCUGGAGAACGAACACACAGAACCCAGAGACAUGGAAGAUUCAUGGGAGCCAAUCACUGAAGAGAGUCCAGACGGCCCUCUACCUGGCCCCUCCUCCUCAAUGGCGACAGCCAUCCCCCAAACGCCUGCCCCCCCGCCCCUCCAAGAGUUCUCAGAGGAGAUCAACCUGCACCUCUCUCUCUCUCCAACCCCAUCCGGCCCCCCGCCUGACAUCAACGGAGAGGUGGCCGCCCCCAGCCACGCCUCUGCUGUGCAGAGUCAUCUGUCCUCCAGGCUGCGCUCCUCCAGUAUGACAGAUGGGGUCAGUGACCAGGCCCAGCCUCCUCCUCCAGCGAGCUCCCAGACCAGAAGAACCAGAGCUCUAACAGUCACUGGAGUUGAGGAGCCCAUGCUGUCCUGCUUCUGCUGGCCUGCUUCUUCUCAGUCGGCAGCCUAUGCCCUGACCACACCAGGCCUACCUCCAGGAUGGGAGGAGAGGAAGGACGCCAAGGGACGCACGUAUUACGUCAAUCAUAACAACCGCUGCACCACCUGGACCAAGCCUAUCCUCCAGCACGCUGAAGACGAGGCGAGUUCCUCUGACUCCGGGGCUGCAGCUGAAGCCGCCUCCACCUCUUCCUCAGCCAACAACAAUAGCCACCUGAUUGAACCGCAAAUACGCCGCGCCCGUAGUCUCAGUUCCCCUACCGUUACCCUGUCCUCCCCCGUAGAGGGGGCGGCCAACAACAUAGCUGUGCGUCGGGCGGUGAAGGACACCCUCUCCAACCCCCAGUCCCCCCAGCCCUCCCCCUACAGCUCCCCCAAAUCAGGACAUCAGGCCCAGCAGAGCUUCCUGCCCCCGGGGUGGGAGAUGAGGAUAGCACCCAACGGAAGACCCUUCUUCAUUGACCACAACAGCAGGCUCACCACAUGGGAGGACCCGAGGUUGAAGUAUCCAGUCCACAUGAGAACAAAGGCCUCUCUGGACCCUGGUGACCUGGGGCCUCUUCCUACCCUACCAAACCUACCAGAGGAGCCUGGCUGGGAGGAACGGGUGCAUGCAGACGGCAGGACCUUCUACAUUGACCACAACACCAAAGCCACUCAAUGGGAGGAUCCUCGUCUACAGAGUCCUGCUAUCACAGGGCCUGCUGUGCCAUACUCUAGAGAAUUCAAACAGAAAUACGAUUACUUCAGAAAGAAGUUGAAGAAACCGGCGGACAUCCCGAACAGGUUUGAGAUGAAGCUGCACAGGACCAACAUCUUUGAGGAGUCGUAUCGCCGUAUCAUGUCUCUGAAGAGACCAGACAUCCUGAAGGCCCGUCUCUGGAUCGAGUUUGAGUCAGAGAAGGGGCUGGACUACGGAGGUGUGGCCAGGGAGUGGUUCUUCCUGUUGUCUAAGGAGAUGUUCAACCCUUACUAUGGACUCUUUGAAUACUCAGCCACAGAUAACUACACAUUACAGAUCAACCCUAACUCUGGGCUGUGUAACGAGGACCACCUCUCAUACUUCAAGUUCAUUGGUCGAGUGGCAGGGAUGGCCGUGUUCCAUGGGAAGCUAUUGGACGGCUUCUUCAUCAGACCAUUCUACAAGAUGAUGCUCGGGAAGCAGAUCACACUGAAAGACAUGGAGUCAGUGGACAGUGAAUACUACAACUCUCUGAAGUGGAUCCUGGAGAAUGAUCCUACUGAGCUGGACCUACGGUUCUGUAUCGAUGAGGAUAACUUUGGACAGACGUAUCAGGUGGAUCUGAAACCCAGUGGUGGUGACAUGGUGGUGACCAACCACAACAAAAUGGAAUACAUCGAUCUUGUCAUUCAGUGGAGGUUUGUGAACCGAGUCCAGAAACAGAUGAAUGCCUUCUUGGAGGGAUUCACUGAACUCACACUCAUCGACCUCAUCAAGAUAUUUGAUGAAAACGAGCUUGAGCUGUUGAUGUGUGGUCUGGGUGACGUGGAUGUGAAUGACUGGAGACAACACACCGUCUACAAGAACGGGUACUGCCCCAACCACCCAGUUAUACAGUGGUUCUGGAAGGCUGUCCUGCUGAUGGAUGCUGAGAAGAGGAUUCGUCUGCUUCAGUUUGUCACCGGGACAUCCAGAGUCCCUAUGAACGGCUUUGCUGAACUCUAUGGUUCCAAUGGGCCUCAGCUGUUCACCAUUGAGCAGUGGGGAACACCUGAUAAGCUUCCCAGAGCACACACCUGCUUCAACAGGCUGGACCUGCCUACCUACGAGUCGUUUGAUGACCUCCGAGAGAGGCUACUGAUGGCUGUGGAGAACGCUCAAGGCUUCGAGGGUGUCGAUUAAACUAACGUCAGCCAUCUUGGUUGAAUACCACUACAGAGACGACACACCACCACAGGACAGAACGUUUAAAAAACAACUGCCACAGAACGUUCCAAAAAAACACCUGACUAACUGCCGUUCUACAGCUGCAGACAGUGGCCGUAGCAGGGUCUACCUGCAAGCAUGUUAUAUGCACAUGAUCAACCACCGAGGUUACUCUGAGACUGUAGUGAAUGUGACAGAGACAACGAGCCGUGUCUGUCUUCUCCUAUGUCAAGGUGCUGGGGAACAUGGCCACUACAGUGCAGCCACUACAGUGCAGCCAAUGCAAAACACUGCACCCCUGUCUGAAAUCUGCAGUGCUGGAAUCUCUGAUGCUUUUCAAUAUGAAUAUCUCUCCUGUUGUAUUUGACACCCACCAUCCCAGUGACUCUGCUGUGGAGUGCAUAGCCUAACCUGCUGGUUACUGCAUUCUGUAUGAAAUUACUACUCCUCUCUCCAAGUUAACAUGCUGGAUCCUGCAUUGUGUAUAUAUAAUCACUGAUCGAUUGGAAUCCUGCAUUGAUCAAUCACUACUUAAACUCCUCUCCAGGUUACCUUACUACUACAGUACUACACCACCAGAUAACCUUAGGAAUGCUAACCAAUCACAGAUUCACUAAUGAGGAUAUAAGCCUAGCCGUGUCUCUCUCACUGUUCGACUACUAUGCCUGCCUGGUCCCACCUCUCUCCCUCCCUUCCUCUCUCUACCUCCCUCCCUUCCUCUCUCUACCUCCCUCCCUUCCUCUCUCUACCUCACUCUCUCUCUUUCUCUCCCUCUCUCUCUCUCGCGCCCCCCCCCCCUCUCUACCUGUCUGCAGAAUAAGGUCUAUCCACCAGGGAAAGGGACGGGGCUUUUUCUCACUACAAGGACUCGUUAUUAUUUUAUUUUGCAAGCCAAGAAGGAACGGGAUCAUUUUAAUAUCGUUAUUAUUAUCAUUCUUAUGGAAAACACACUUCUGACUUAUUUGUACCGAUGAUAAACGUUGUUUACUAUUUUGACUGUGUAUAAGAAGACUGUAAAUCUGGCCAUUGGAAACAAUGAUAUUAGGGUGACUUAAAUAAUAACCUGAUUAUUGUAGUGCUAUGAAAACAGCAUGAAAAUGUUAUCUUGUGUUUGCUUAUUCUCCUUGGUUUAAACUAAGAUCCUUCUUGGGAUAAAAAGGAACCAUUUUGUGAAUUCAGAGGUUUUCCUCACAAUGGUAAUAUCAAUACUGUUAUGCUUAUCCUUCCCUGUUCAUAAUGCUGUAAAUUAAUUUCUUGAAAAACAUUUAGAAAUUGUUUCAUUAUUAUAAAUUCGUGUAUAACAUUUAAUAAUAUAAGUAUUAAUAAUAAAUAACACAUGAAGCUGAACUGUGAGAGGUGGCUGUGAUGGUCACUAAUAGAAGAGCAGCAAGUUCUUCCAAUAGAACAUGUCUAUUGUGUUCCAAAUACCACCCUAUUCCCUAUAAUAGUGCAUUACUUUUGACCAGAGCCCUAUGGGCCCUUGUCAAAAGUAGUGCACUAAGUAACAGGGUGCCAUUUUCGAUGCAGACCUGAUUUUGGCUUGUUUUGGUAUUGUUUAUUUUCUUAUUUUUUAACACCACUAAACCUAAAGGGCAUUUUAUCCAUCACACUAAGGUCAUGAUGCCUACCUGCCUGUCGUAUGUCUUUUAUCAUUAACUUGAAUGUGAUUUAUUUUUCAUUGAGAAGAGCACCUGUUUACCCCGGUGCAAUAUCUAAAUUAUGUCCCAAAUGGCACCCUAUUCCCAAUGUAGUGCACUACUUUUGACCAGAGCUCAAUGGGCCUUAGUCAAAAGUAGUGCACUAUAUAGGGAAUAGAGGGCCAUUUGGGAAUUAACCCAAUAGUCCUGUAAAUCUGCCUGCUGCUAAUAUAAAGUGACAGUCGUGAAGAAUGGAUCUUCGCACUUGUCCUCCUCUCUCUCUACUCCGUUAUCUGUUCAUCCCUCUGUUCCUGGUCCACUAAGUGGUUCACUAGAUUCCUCCCUCUCUCCUUAUGUACUUGUUUUUUAGGGGGUUGUUCUUUUUUAUUAAUGGGGAAAAUUAAAAGUUCACUUUUGUUAAAUUCCACAACUCCACAACAAGCCCUUGCGGUUCAUAUAACUUGAGUCAAAUUAAAACUGAAACAUGGAAACUCA